AUAGAUAGAUAUAGAUAGAGAAAGAAAAGGAAAUAAAGAUAGAAGAAAUUAUAUGAAAUAAUUGGGAAAAAGAAAAGAAGAAGGGAAAAAAAACAACAACAAGAAAAGAAAGAAAAAGAGAAGUAAAUAAUCGUUCGGCAGAGAAAUCGGGCCCGUUCGAGAGGCAAUCGUGUUCUCUGAAUGAUCUACGACGUGAUCAGACGUCGUACGCGAGGUAGCUCACAGAGAAGAAGGAACAACAGCGUACGUCGAGAUCGUCGUAAUAAAACGAGAUCUUCCUCGUCAUCGUCAUCGUCCUCGUCCGCGUCAUCGUCAUCAUCAACGUCAUCAUCGUCAUCAUCCUCAAGGAGCAACGGGAUCGUCUCGGCGAUCGAUGCGGCAUAGUGAAACCGGGGCCGUACUCGCGAGCUUCGAGAAACCUGGGGUACGGCCCCGAUCGAGCUGACUAUAGGAGUGGAAUCCCUCGAGGUGACGCCGAGGGAUAGAGCGAAGAACGGCGUUUUUCUUCUUCUCUCUCUCUUUUUUUUUCCCCUCCCUAUCCUUUCCUCUCUUUGUCGAAAAGACGAAGAAGAGAGAGAGAGAAAGAGAGAGAAAGAGAGAGAGAGAGAGAGAGGGCGGCUGCCAUUUUUCAAGCGACCAUUGCUAAGCGCAAAGUACGGAUGCUUCGAGUUUCUCGAAAUCGGUGAGGUAGCCUGAACGAGAGAGGAAAGGGUCUCAUUUCGCUCUCGAGCGAACGGCACGAAGAUGCUCUACAUAUUUCACGUGGAUACCGGUACCACCAUUACUUUCGACAUCAAGUUGGCCCUGCAGAGUGUCGCUCAAUUGAAGGAGGCAAUCGAGAGAGAAUGUGGGGUUGUGGCGGUUCACCAGGUGCUCCUCAUGAGCGGAGGCGAAAGCUUGGAACCGAACGCCCGUGUGUGUUCCUACUCGGCUGGAACCGAUACGAAUCCGAUCUAUUUAUUCAGCAAGGCCGCUAUUGAGAGCAACCUUCCGCCCACGCCGAGCAUAGACUACGGUUCCGAUGUGGAUCUUCAGACUCAAAUCGAUACUUCUCUUGAGAUGCCAGCUACUUAUCAGACUCUCGUUGCACGCGCCCAGCUUGCUCAACAAUGCUGCGGGCUGGCACGCGAACAAACGAGAAUUUGUGAAAGACUGGUUCACGAUCAACAUCUCCAGCAACAGGGUUGGGCCGCGGUGGUUGCCAAUCUUGAAGACAUUACGCAGAUGUUUCAAUCGAGGGCCGAACUGUUGCAGCAAAGCUUUACCGUUUACCUUGCCGAGAGGCAACAACAAAUGCAACUUUUGAACAACUUCCAGCAGGAUUUGGAAACUCUAGCAAAGAUUCCAAUUUUACCGGCAUUGAGGGCCCAAGCGGAAGGUCUUCUUAGUCCAGACGAUCAAGGAGAGAACUCGGAGCAACAGUCAGAGAACAGCGAGGAAGUUUUAAGUCUUCUUCGAUGGAUCUCCGCGAAGGACAAUCAAAGUAGUUUGGAACAGGUGGCCGAGCAAUGCAGCCGAGGCUUGGAACAGUUUGACGAAAGGGUGAUGGAAACAUUGAAGGCUGAAGUAAAUGCCGCGAUUGACAAUGCAAACAAACAAGACAUGAAAGAAAUAAAGGGCCUUGGGGAAAGGCUUUUUGCUCUCGAACAACUAAUGGCACAAACGAAGAAGCUCGUUCACGAGCAGGGCGAGCUCGCUCAGGGAUUUCUUCAGAAUCAAAAUCGCGCAAACAAUCUUGGAGAUGCUAGCGUAUUACCUGAUCUCUGCACCUCGCAUAGGAGGCAAUUAGUUGUUAUGCUUCAGAAUCACAAUCAGCUGCGUGACAUUCGGCGCAGGUGUACCAAAGCAAAAGAGGAAUUGUCGGUUAAUAUCUAUCAUCGGUUGAAAUGGAUAAUGUACGUGGAGAACAAGAUGAUGGAGGUUGACGGUAAACUCGUGAUGUAUCACGAGAGCCUGAAACGUUUAAGACGUCAUCUCGAGGUACUGCAGCAGAUUCACUUGGCACCUCAAAUGUAUUUGCGUGCUGUAGCUGAGGUUGUUAGAAGGCGAACCUUUUCGCAAGCAUUUCUUGUGUGGGCCAGCAAUCUUGCUUGUCAGUUGUUGACCGUACAUACAGAGGAACUGGCACGUAGGCGCGAGUUCCAAAGUAAAUUCGAUGGUCAUUUCCUGAAUACCCUCUUCCCUGGUUUGGAGGACACGCCACCGCCUUAUGCCACCGAGGCACCCUCGGUUUUCGACAAUGGACUACCAAAAUUAACUGCGAGCGAUAUGGAAUCCCUAAGAUCACAAUUGCCUGGUUUAGCGCUGAGCAUCUCUACGCCGGAUUUGAACAGUAUAACGCAAUUCUUUUUGUCAAAAAGUCUCACCGAAGCAAGCACGGAAGGGAACAAAGAGAAAGAAAGUAUGUCGACACGGGUAGAUGGUCCUUCGAAAGAACAGGAUCGCGUUAGAGUACCGGCGCUGGGUGACAGGGGUGGAUUUGAGUCGGAAACGGAUACGGAAGAGUUCGAGAAAAUAGGACAAGGGACGACCGAUUCGAAACCUAGUUCCUUCGAUGGCACCCAACAGAAACGUCAGAAACAAUUGGAGGUUGGUGCCUCGCGAAGCGUGUCCCCCGCUUCCUCCAGCUCGACUAACGUCUCGCCAUUAAACACGAAGGUCGCAGACCUAACAAGCCGAUUUUCCACAUCGAACGAACCUAGUUCCUUCCAUUUUCCUAGUCUUACCAUCAGCGAACGACCCUCUCAGCUAAGUCCUCUCACCGAGUGCGCGGAGAACGGUGAAUCUUCCAGUCAAUUGCAAAGUGCUACAUACGGUUUUCCAAAGCAUCGGCAAAUAACUCCGUCCGUAUCCUCCGACAAGAUCGAGGAAUCAAAUUCCUUAUGUCCGAAUCCUCCUACCUUACCUCACUCCGUGACGUGCGACGGCCAGCAACAACAGUUACAAUAUUACCAGCUGUCCGGUAGCGGUGGUAGCAGCCCUUCCAUCGGGGUUGGCGCUACUGACUUCAUGGGUACCGAGUUUUACAUGGACGAUUCUUUGCCGAGCAGCCUCAGCGAACCUCCUGCCGACGGGCAUCAGGCUAUCGUUUCCUUUCUUCAGGAGAGCCUUGGCAAUACUCGUGAAGAAGUGGAAAGAUUGCGUUCGAUUCUAAGGAGUAUGAAAGUGAUCGUGAGCGAAGCCUUGACCUCCCUCCGGAAAGAGUUGGUUGUUUUACGAGAUCGAUCGGAUUUUGGUAACAGCGGUCUUGCAGAGUUGACCAAGCGUAUUCGUCAGGCGUUAACAUUGUACUCGAACGAGUGCGAUCGUCGUUUGCGAGAACGAGAGCAAGAAUUAACCGUCGAUCACGAGCUUGAAAUGGGUGACAUUAAGAAGCUAAUGCAGAGCCGAGAUGAAGAGAUUCGUAUCGUGAAGAGGACUCUGUUAGAAAAAGAAACCGAAUUAGCCGAGCACGAACAUUUGCUUAGCACAAUGCGUCAGAAAUUGGAUGCCGAACAAACGGACAUGAGGAAUUUGCAAUCCCGUCUCCAUCGGCAAAUGGAUGAGACCUUGGAACAGGCUCGUAUUGACAAGGAAACAGCUGUGGAGAAGGUAAAUGAUGAGAAGUUUGUGGAAAUCGCUUCUUUGACCAAUUCCUUAACCCAAUGUCAGAAACGCAUAAAAGAACUCGAAGAGAAUUUGGCAGCUGCUCGAACGGAACAACAAAAGAUGGUGAAGGAAGCUACGGACAAAUUGCAAUUGGAGUAUAAGACCGAAUUAGAGGCUAUUAGAAAUCUCAAAUUAACGGCGGUUAGUAUAAUGGAAAGGAGUCCUAGCGAUUCGAGUUUGGAAAAGAUAGAGCGGCCUGACGUUAUUGAACUUGUUAAUCACGAGGCUAUAUUAGCGCAAGCGAAGGAAGAUAUGAAACUCGAAAAAUCAGCUGCAAUCCGUACCGCGAUUGAAAAAGAACGAGCCGAUUGCGUGGCUAAAUUGGAUCACGAACUUCGAUUGGCCAGGCAAGUUGUACAAGAGAGGGAGCGAGAAAUGGAGUUAUAUAGGAGAAGGGAAGCUGCACUUACGGAAGAAUGUGGAUGGUAUAAAAGUACAAUUAGACGAUUAACCAAAUCUGAAAAUUUGUCCAGACAGGCGCUCAAUGAAAAGGUAGAAAAUUUAGAAACCGAUAAAAGUUGGCUAGAAGGGAAACACUCUUCCGAGAGAAUGAGUCGGGAACAAAAAGAGAAUUUAGUUCUUAUAAUCGAAUCGGCAUCGCAAAAGGAAUUUGGCGACGAUCGCUUGGAUAUGGGUCAAAGCAAUUUGGGAGAAGCUAUGAAAAGUUUGGAAAGUGAUAAGGAUGAGGUUGAGGCAUCGGAAUCAAAAAAAGUACGGUUGGAAGCGGACGACGAUCGUUCUCGUUUAUCGAGAAGACUUGAGAUUCUUGAAAACGACAAUAAGAGAUUAUCGGCAGAAUUGAAAAUAAUAAAAGAGAGUAAAGAAGUUUCUGACGCUAAAAUCGAGGCUUUAGAGGCCGAUAAGGUUCGCUUGGAAAUUGAAUUAGUGAAGGAACGAGGUAGAAGAGAUUUCGCAGAGACCUCAUCUUCGGCCGAUGGUCGUGAAAAGGAAAUGAACGCUUCCGUUGCCAUUGUUUCUGGAUCGUCAUCGAGUCGCGAUGCCGCGACCAGUCCGGAUGGCGCCGUACCUUACUUUCACUUGUCGCACCUUUGGAAAAAAAAGAACAUUACGAAAUUGGUUCAACAGGGUCGUAUUACAGUAACCACGUGCAAUCCCGGAGACAUGGUCCUCGUUGUUUGGGAUCCGGUUCAUUGGAGUUAUGCCUUGCUUCAGGAAUCCUCGACUCUUUAUUUUGUAAAUUCGGAUUGCGUAGAGUCCUUAGGAUUUACUGCCGAUGGAGCUCCGAAAAUAUUCGAAGCCAUCGUCGAGGUUAUCAAUAAGGAGUACUGCAUAGCAAGGAAGUCGACAAAUCGAUACCGCGUCUCUCAAGGCACUAAGUUCUACCAAGUGCGUAUAAAGCCAGUGGAAGACGUCGUUGAGAAAACGAAAUCUCAGAUGGCGAAAGGCGAUGGGGAAUAAUUUUUAUUCGAUAUGUCCGUCAAUCUUCAGCUUUUAGCAGCACUGUGGUCAUGGAUUAUUAAUCGAUGUGUGGUGCGCUACUUGUUUUAUCAAUGAAAACGAGAGAAAAUAUCUGGAACCAUCUGGAAAACUCGAAUUAUGGUUCAAAUUUGCCAGAGCCUCAAGAUGCAUCCUCAUUGUCGAUGAAAUUAUAAAUAUAUGGAAGAAUAAGUGAGAUGUGAUAUUGAAAAUAUGUGAACGGAUGCGCGCUGGCGUUUCAUUGUGAUAUAAAUAAUUUUUAAUGAAUGAAACAUAAUUGCCGAAUGCUGUGGUGGUUAGCUGUGAAACGUGACGACAUUUAUAAUUCUCUAUCUGUCCGUAUUGAUUUCUUUUUUCUGUCUUUCUUUUCUCUCUCUCUCUCUCUCUCUCCCUCUCUCUCUCUCUCUCUCUCUAUUUUCUUUUUCUCUCUUCAUAAGCAUAACAAGAAAGAACGAACACUUUAUGAAUGUCAUUGAUGACUCCUGCAAUUUGACGAUAGAACGAUCGCGCGUAAGAAAGUUUAUUAGGAUUUAAAACUUUAAUGAAACCUAUGCGGAGAGAAAUGAAGCGAGAGUUUUUAGUGUUCAUAAUUUCGCUUUGAAACUUCCGCGUUCGAACAAUUAAUUACCUUUGCACCGUGUGGAAGCGUAGUUGUAAGUUUUACAAACAAGACAUUUUGUAUAUAUAGUUUAUAUUAUAUACAUAUUCGCAUUACAUAAUACAUACGUAUAUAUAUAUUCAUGCGUACAUAUAUGUAUAUAUGUGCGUAUGUAUUUAUCUAUGCAUGUAUGUAUGUAUGUAUGUAUGUAUUUAUAUAUGUAUGGAUAUACAUAUACACAUAUACAUACCGUUGUACGAAGCGUGCAAUAUUUGCAUAUGAAAUAUCGUAGUAGGUCCUAAGAGACGACAACUAAAGAUUUUGUAAAAUGAAUUAUCCUCUCGUGAAUGUUACUGUGCAAUUUCGUAAUCUAUUCCCGCAAGAUUUUCGUAAUUCUUACGAGUAGGAGACGUGUUAGUCGUUUACUUCCCUCCCACCCCAAACUUCUUUCGAUAACCGGCCUGCUUCGCGAACUUUUCCCACGGAAGGUUUUGUUGAUUUCUUUCGAAGAAAAGAAAAGAUAUCGCGAAGCGUUCUUGUCGACUUUGUCUCACAACAAACUGGUAUUUUUCUCAAGUUUAUCUGAGAAUCUGGAAUACAAUUUAGCUUAAAUAAAACGCGGGUUUGUAAUUUUGGGUUUAUCUGAUAUUGAGUAUAAAGAAGAAAACGAAAAAAAGAAAAAAAAAAAAACAGGAAAAAGAAAAAGAUUACGAAGAAACAAAAUUGUGCGUAGUAGAAUGAAUUUUAUAAAUAUAUAUACACACAUACACUCGCGUAUAUUUUUUUCUAUUAAUCUGAUCGGUGUCCACGCAAUCGAGGUCACUUACGUAUAUAAAGAUAACGA